AAGCAGCGCCGGUGGGUGCGCGAUUUAUUUUCUAUUUAGCUGUUAUUAGGUACAUAUAUUAAUUUCUAAGCGGCUUGCAACAUGGGCGAUGCGAUGAAGGUGGAGGUUAAGGACAUUGAUAAGCUGAUAGAAAUGGACGGCUAUCUGAAGCCCUUCGAGCGUGAGAUUCGCCGCCGACAUGGCGUCCUAAAAGAGUGGAUUGCCAAGAUCGACCAAUGCGAGGGUGGCAUGGAAGAAUUCUCGCAGGGCUACAAAUACUAUGGCCUACACUUUCAGCCGGAUAAUUCAGUGAUAGCGCGGGAAUGGGCGCCGGGCGCAAGAGAUGUGUAUCUAACUGGCGAUUUCAACAACUGGCACUGGGAAUCGCAUCCGUUCAAGAAACUGCCCUUUGGCAAGUGGGAGCUGCACUUGCCCGCCAAUCCAGAUGGUAGUGCGCCCAUUAAGCAUCUCAGUGAGAUAAAGAUCAUCAUACGCAAUCAGUCCGGUCAACUGUUGGAUCGUCUAUCGCCCUGGGCCAAGUAUGUGGUGCAGCCACCCAAGAGCGCAAAUCAAGGCGUCAACUUUAAGCAGUAUGUGUGGCAGCCGCCAGCCGGGGAGCGAUAUCAACGGCAGAAUGCGCGUCCCGCCAAGCCCAAGUCGCUGAGAAUCUACGAGUGCCAUGUGGGCAUUGCCUCGCAGGAGCCGCGCGUGGGCAGCUACGAUGAGUUUGCCGAUCGCAUUGUGCCUCGUAUUAAGCGUCAGGGCUACAACUGCAUUCAGGUGAUGGCCAUCAUGGAGCAUGCCUACUACGCCAGUUUUGGCUAUCAAGUGACAAGUUUCUAUGCGGCGUCCAGUCGCUGUGGAAAUCCGGAACAGCUGAAGCGCAUGAUCGAUGUAGCUCAUGCCCAGGGUCUCUAUGUGCUGCUCGAUGUAGUGCAUUCGCAUGCCUCCAAGAAUGUGCAGGAUGGCCUAAACCAGUUCGAUGGCACAAAUAGCUGUUUCUUCCACGAUGGCGCCCGUGGAGAGCAUUCCCUCUGGGAUAGCCGUCUGUUCAACUACACGGAGCAUGAGGUGCUUCGCUUUCUACUGUCCAAUUUACGUUGGUGGCACGACGAGUAUAAUUUCGAUGGCUAUCGCUUUGAUGGCGUCACCUCCAUGUUAUAUCAUUCGCGCGGCAUUGGUGAGGGCUUCAGCGGUGACUACAACGAGUACUUUGGCCUUAAUGUGGACACGGAUGCGCUCAACUAUCUGGGCCUGGCCAAUUAUAUGCUGCACAAGCUGGAUCCCGAGGUUAUAACUAUAGCCGAGGACGUCUCUGGAAUGCCCACGUUGUGUCGUCCCGUGUCGGAGGGCGGCAUUGGAUUCGAUUAUCGGCUGGGCAUGGCCAUACCAGACAAAUGGAUCGAGCUGUUGAAGGAGCAAAGCGAUGAUGAAUGGGACGUUGGCAAUAUUGUACACACACUGACCAAUCGACGUUGGAUGGAAAACACGGUAGCCUAUGCAGAGUCGCACGAUCAGGCGCUCGUUGGCGAUAAGACCAUUGCCUUCUGGCUGAUGGACAAGGAGAUGUACACGCAUAUGUCAAAAGUAUCCGAGCCUUCGCUAAUUAUUGAUCGUGGCCUGGCGCUGCAUAAGAUGAUAAGACUCAUUACGCACGCCUUGGGCGGCGAGGCGUAUCUCAAUUUCAUGGGCAAUGAGUUUGGUCAUCCCGAGUGGCUGGACUUUCCACGCGUGGGCAACAACGACUCGUAUCAUUAUGCGCGUCGCCAGUGGAAUCUGGUGGAUGACGAUCUGUUAAAGUAUAAAUACCUUAAUGAAUUCGAUCGUGCCAUGAAUGAGCUGGAGGAACGCUACGGAUGGCUGCACUCGGGUCCUGCUUAUGUGAGCUGGAAACACCAGGGCGACAAGACCAUUCAUUUUGAACGUGCCGGCCUCGUAUUUGUAUUCAACUUCCACCCAACACAAAGUUUCAGUGACUAUCGUGUUGGCACCAACUGGGCGGGCACCUAUCAGGCGGUGCUUUCCUCCGACGAUCCCAUCUUUGGCGGCCACAAUCGCAUCGACAUGAAUUGCAAGCAUCAAUCCGAUCCCUGGGGUCAUGCCGGUCGCUCCAAUUUCAUUCAAGUCUAUACGCCUUGCCGCACGGCCGUUGUUUAUGCGCGCAUCAGCGAUUAGGCGCACUUGUUUAACCAAAUUAUUGAUAUAUAAUUAUAUAUAUUAUACAUACUAUGUGAAUUUCAAAAUUUAGCUAUACUUUUUGUUAAUGUUACAAGAACCAGAAUUGAAAUAUAUGUAUACACACAGA